AUGUCCGCCCAACAAACCGGCCAGGAGAUGGAUUCGGAGAAGUACCAGAGCAUCGGAUCUAAGGUUGCGAAGCAGCUUAGCAAGAGGAUGUCCCUGAGCAGAAGCUCGAAAGAGAGCUCGAGUAAAGAGACUAGCACUAGCAAAACGACUACAGCCGGUAGUGGCAUCGGCCAAACCGCGACAACAGACAAUGCUACCAAGGAGACUGCCAAUGAAAGCAACACCAGCAAGCAGGUUCUCGACAAGGGAGAAGAGAUGAAGGGUCAAGGAGAUAUGAGUGGUAUUAGGGGAAUUGCGGAAAAAGGAGAAAACAAUAAGAACGCCAUGGGCCAGGGAGACGCUGCUGGAGCUGUGAGCGGUCUCGGCCUGACCAAAGAAAACGCUCAAAACCCCGCCGAGGAAGUCGGCAACACCGUCUUCGGCCGUAAUUCGAGCAUCAACCCGAAUGAAUCGAACGAUGAUAUCAGAAGAGGCCCGGUCACCCACGGCCGGAUGAACCAGCAAAACACCACCGGAGGUGACUUUUCCGGAGCAGGAGGUAGCGGAAAAGAAGGUUACGGCCAAGCUGGCGGCAGCAAUUAUUCCACUGGAGGCCCUUCGUCAGAAGGCUUCGCUGGCAGCAGUUCGGCAGCUGGAGAUGCUGCAGCCAGGGGCACUGGUAAUCACUUAGCAUUCGUUGGAAGCGGCGGCCCGAAAGGAGACACCACUGCAAGCCAAAACGCCAAGAGCUAUUCUACCGGAGAGACUACAUCAGCAGCAAAACUUGCUGGAAGCAAAGACAUGAAAGAUAGUUUCGAUAAUAGCAUGGCUGGAAGCAGUGCUGCCAAAGACAGCACCCUCAGAGGAACUGCCGCUGGGGGAGCCUAUACCGGAAGCGAAGCACCCAAGUCAAGUAGCUCUGCAGGCAAGCCGGAAUUUACUGAUACGGCUUGGGGCACGGGUGUCGCUGGUGCCGGAAGUGCUGCUGCUGGAGGAACUCUUGCUGGAAGCAGUGCCUCUAAAGGAGACGCACCUGGAACCAAGUAUGCCUACACCGAUGCUUCAAAAACCAAUGUUACCGGAGACAACGUUACCGGCGGAGCAUUUGGUGGAAACAGUGCUUCGAAAGAUACCGCCUCUAGAAAUACAAAGUCUACCUACGAUGAUGCUACCAUGGGAGGCAUGAACGGAAGACAGGGGACUAACAGCAACAUUUCUGGGGCUACUUCCAGUGGAGGAGGGCUUUCUCGAAGCAACGCCACCAAAGGAAAUUAUGGAAGUGAUAUGUCUACUGGUGAUAUCGUCAAGAAGAGACUUACCGGAGGUGCCGUUGCUGGAGGUGCCGCUACCGGCGGUUUCACUGGAAUGAAAGCUGGAGGCCAAAGUGCGACAGACGACACAAUUGACCAUGAGCUCGGCGAGCAAUCCCACAUCAGCCAGGAUAUUUUCAGCUCUGGAGCUUCUAACAAAGAUGCUAAAAAGGGCCUCGCUGGGGGCAAGGGAAUGAUUUCUCAUGAUCCUCCCAGCAAGACCAAGAGUAAUAUUGGAAAGCAUAAGAUGGAUCAACAGACGUCUCAAACAUCCGAGGGAGCUCUUAACCAGGGGACCACGUCAGCUGGACAAGCCAGCAAAGGCAUCUCUAGUAGCAGUGGUCUUGGCAUGGGUGCUGCUGGUGGCGGAGCCCUAUCUGGGGGAGCUAUGGAGAGCGGCGGUAUUCGUCGAGACAUGGCUCAAAGCAAUAUGGGCCAAAGCUCCUAUAGCCAAACCCAAAGCAAUAUGGACCAGAGCUCCUAUAGCCAGACCCAAAGCAACAUGGGCCAGAGCUCCUAUGGUCAGACCCAGUCGAGCACUGCUACUACCGGCAUGAGCAGCAGCACCACUACCACCAGCGCACAGCCCAAGCGUGUUGUCCAGAACUUGAGUGGUGGCGGAAACAAGGCCACGGUUCUCCAGGACAAGGUUCAGGCUGUCUCCCAGAAGUGCAAGACCCAGCUUGGUCUCACCGCGACCGAGAUCAGUCAGAGAGGACCAAACGUGGAUACGUUCUUCGAUGCAGUCGCUGCCGAGCGUCUCCGCUGGAUGCCCCGCGAUGGAAGCAGACUUGACUGCUGCCUCAGAUGGGCCUCUCGACUUGCGUAUGCAGUUGAUGCUCUGCGCCAGUCGAUUGGAGCCUUUGCACCCGGAGCCGAUGACGCCGCCAAGCUCAUUUGGGGAUUUGAGAUCCUUCUCUUGGAGUCCGAUCUUGACAACAUGGAUGUUUUUGAAAGCGUUUUCGGCAGAUACGGCCGCGUCGCUGUGCACAUUUACUUGCUUCUCCAGUACGAGAGCGCUUACAAGUCGUCCCCUGAGCUUCAGCCAGAGGCUUCAGCUGUGUAUGCAGACCUGCUCGAAAUGGUCUGCAGCACCACGGCAAGCUGUGUUGAAGGAGCGAAGAGCAAAGAGUCUGAACAUACCAUUGCUCACAAUGUUGACUGUGCAUUUUUGACCUAUGCCAAGCGCUAUUCGACCCAUUGGAACAGCAUUGUCGAAGCUGCAACUUCGAAGCUUUUGAUGAACAGUUCCUCCAUUUACAUGACCCCCGAACUGGGCAGUCUUCGCCAGUUUUUGGGUGUUCAAGACCGUCCUCUUCAGUUCAUUCUCGAAUCCCGUACGCACUCCCUUGCAGAAGGGUCGUUUGAAUGGUUCAACAAUACCCUGUAUGACUUCUCAACUGGAAAAUCCCCAGUGAUGCUGGUGACCGGUGGCCCCGGUUCUGGAAAGAGUGCUCUGGCCCAGUGGACCGUAGAGCGACUUCAGGAAUCAGGCGAGCACGACAACUGGAAUGUGAUUCCAUACACAAUCCGGGCCGAUAUUCCUGUCGCGACGCUGCCACUUCGCUUCCUGAAGGGCAUGAUGCACCAGAUGCUGGAUCACUGUGUCAGCGACCAGCGUACCCAAGAGGCUAUUCUGGUCGAAGUGGCCAAGGCAGCUCAAAGCGCACUUGAUGGUGCUGGCGAAGCUGAGGUCGAAGGAUCACUUUGGAGAGGUAUCCGCAGGGGAUUGAACUCGGACAUUCAAUACAUGUUUAUUGUGGAUGGUUUGGAUCAAAUGAAGGCCGGCGAUACCGACGCCAUUUCCUGCCUCACCAAAUUUGCCGAGAUUCUUUCCGAGCAGAAUGCCGGUUCAAAGAUGAUUGCCUUCACCAGGCCUUUGGGCUCAAAGAUGCGUGCCACGAACAUUGAACAGUUCACGUUGCAGACUUCUCAGACUCAAGCUGAUCUGGAAGCUUAUGUUUCUAAGAUGAUGUGUGGUUCGCAAUUCGAUGGCCCUAUGGACGACCAAAUGGAUUCGGCCGUGUCUGUCAUUGUCAACCGCUCACAGGGGUCCUUCAGCUGGGCGGAGAUGGCAGUUGCCUACGCCCAACAGCAGAGGACUUUGAGCCAGGCAAUAUCAUCUGUACAGAGCCUGCCUGAAGCCAUGUCUGAUUUGCUUGACUUCCAUAUGAAGAACAUGGACUUCAGUCAACAUGAGACACGUUACAUUAUGUCGUGGCUUGCUGCUGCCGAGAGACCAUUAUUGGUCGAGGAGGUCGAACAGCUGCUAGCUGUUGACCCUCAGGGCCCUAGCUUCAUGUCACGCUACUCACGAGGUGAAGAUCCGUGGUUUAGUUCCUUGAAACCCCUGGUUAUGACCCGCGAUGGCGUGGUAUCUUUCGCCCACACAUGUAUUCGUGACCAUAUCAUCAAGCAGGCAAAAUCUGCCAACACCAGAUCUCCACUCAACUUGAGAGAAGCUCAUUACGACCUUCUUACUAGGUGCCUUGCCUGGGUUCAGCUGAGUGUGCAAGAAGAGGCUGAAAUCUCCAUGGAUAAGCUGAGCAUGGAGGAGCGUAACCAUCUCUUUGACAAAUAUGUCAUGCUUGAGUACACUGCUCGAUACUGGCUGUCACAUCUGCUCUCGUCACCUCUCGUCACCGAUGAUGGUGAAUUCCAGUUCACGACCGGAUUCAAAAAACUGGUUCCCCCAACUGUACUCUUUACUCGUCUUGAGUUGACUUGUAAAGAGUCCCAGUUCACCCGCUCCAGUGUCGUCGAACUCUACCGACUGGCUGCGGACAUCCGUCGUUUGGUUUUGGGUGAGAAGUCAUUGGCUCUUCUCCAAAGUCUCUUCUUCAGUUCCCGUGUUUCCAAAUUGGCCCAUGCCAGCCAUGCAGACGAGCACAGCUACGAAGCAUGGAGACUUAGUCAAGAGCUCUUGGGCCAAACCGACAGCAUUACUGUGAAUUGUGUUGAGAUGAUGACCCAAUCUUUCACUGCACGGGGCACUAUGACUACUCAACAAGAGGACAUCAUGAAGUACCUAAUUUUGACUGAUUCUGAAAUCACUGGGGUUGAGUUCAACCAGCGCCUGAAUUACCUCGGAAUGGUAGUUGGCAUGUACAAGACUCGAGGGGACAAUGAAUCUGCCCUCCUCAUCUCGAAACAAUUCUACCAGCAAGUAAUGCAGAAGUACGGUACCAACUCGAGACAAUCGAACGAGACUGCGGAAUUCUUGACUAGUCAGUUCCCAACAACUGGCAGUGACGAGAUGAGCCGGGACAUUGCGAGAACCAAAUAUGAUAACAUGCUUCGCACCAUGGAAGUUGACGACGAGCGUCGCAUCAAGUACACCCUGUACAUGGCUCAGAUGUACGAGCAGGAGGGUGAGACGGCCCAAGCCCAAGCAAUCCUGUCCUCUUUAUGGGCUGGUCUCAACUCUCGCGACAUCGACUCGGUUGAUAUGAUGGACAAGAAGGCCAAUGUCGCACUAGUAUACUACCAGUUCCUCCGCCGACAGAACCGCAACGAUUCAGCUGAAAUGAUCAUCCGCGAGCUUGUUGCAGAUCUAGAGACCACUGGUAUUCAUUCUGAGGAGAUGAUGCAGCGUGUGCAGCUUCUCCGUGUUGAGACACAAGAAAUGCACAUGUAUAGCAUGGAUCGUGCCUUGGCCGUCCUCAUGUGGCGCUACUACAAGGAGACCGGCCAGGAAUACACCCAAGAUGCUUCGAUUCUGGCUCUUUCCCUUGCUGAAGGCAUGGCUGCAACAGUAUCCAUGCAUCGAUCCUCUGGCUUGUCCGUCAGAGACCGCAAGCUGAUGGUUGAGCUUUUGGAUUCCAUCGCCUCAUCUCCCAAGAACCUCACUGUGUCCACAUUGAUUCUGUGCCACAAUCUUGCCAGUAUCUAUGUACGAGAAGGUGACUGGCAAGAGGGCGGUGAAUGCUCCAAGGCCGUUUUGCAGCAUGUGUGGCCUAAUGUUGAGAAAGCCGGAUCCCACAAGCAGUUCAGCACUGAAUUGGCACCCCCAAUUGCCGACCUGGCAUUGGUCUUAGCUUACUGCCACUUCCGCAGACUGCAUCUGGAUAUGGCUAAUGUCGUCUAUGAGAAUGCUUUCGCUUCUCUCGUCUCAUCUGAUAAAGUGCCCGUGCCUUCUGUCCUGGCUGUUGCGAAGGCCGUGGUUGAAUUCUACGAAACCACGUUCCAGUUCACCAAAGCUCUUACUUUGCUCCAUACUGUCAGCAACUUCUUGGCAACUCGACUUGGCGAGACUCACAAGCACACUAUUGAUAAUCUGUACUUGGAAGCUGCCCUGGCAGACCGUCUGGAGAUGAACACCGAGGCAAAGAAUUCGUACCAACGCAUCUACAAGAGCACUUGCGGUGAAACCACCAUUUCUCCGGACGGAAUCGAAGCUGCACUUGCUCUCAUCGGUCUUUAUGAGAAGGAACUGAAGUGGGAUUCUGCUCUGGAGGUCUACCGGCACCUCUGGCCGACGCUGGUGGUUCAAGACAACACUUCUACCUAUGAUGAGAUGGAAGUCGAACGUCUCCUGGAGAAGACCUAUAUUGGCUACAUGACUAUUCUAACUUCCCGAACAAGGACAACGGAGUUCUCUGAGAGAUACAAGGUUGCGUCUGACUACGUGACUACGUGCCGCAAUGUGUACGGACCCGGGGAUCAGAAGACACUUAGUGCACUUCUACUCUACGCCGAGUUGUGCGAGACCAACGAGUCGUAUACCGACCAGGCUAUCGCGCUCUAUAAGCAGCCUCUUCAGACUGCGGACUGGGUGCCGACAUCCGAAUCGUCCUUGCCUCUGGAGCAGAUGUCGCAGCCAUUACCCAUUACGCUCAAGCACAAGCUGGCCCAGCUCUUUGUCCGCAGGCGUGACUCGACUAACGAGGCUCGCUCGCUGUACACCGAAGAGUACCAAUUGGCGAAGAAGACCCAGGGACAUUUCUCUACCACUACCUUGUCCUGGCUUCGAGAGCUCGCUUUGGCCCAUUCUAGACAGGGCACACCUUCCUCUGUCCAGCAAGGCAAUGCCCUUCUUCACACAUACGUCACAGAUGUCCUCCACGCUGGUGGCGAUCCCAGUAUGAUGAGUGACUGGGCCCGCAAGAUAGCCUCCAUCUAUCUUGAGUGCGGCUUCAUCGAAGGCGGCAACAGCGUUCUCGAUGAGCUCCGCCAUCGCGUGCUCUCAGGAUCCGAUACUUCUGCAAUGGCAUUGGGAGAUCGCCGCGACGCCGUCUUCGUAGCCUCCUUCGAGGAAGUGUUCGGCCGCCGUGGUACCUCCGAACAAAUCAUCACCGAGAUGUACCGCGAGAUGCAAAUCCAGAAGACCUUCACGAGGAACCUUUCAGGCCACGAUUUCAUCCCGACACUGAUCUCGGGAGAUCGUCUUGCCCGUCUGCAGAUCGAUCAGAAUCGCGUUCGUGCCGCGAAGGAUACCCGCGACAGGCUGUACGAAUACUUCUGCGCUACUCUCUCUGCUACCAAUAUUGCAGACCGUGACAUCGUGAUGCAAUUCUACGGUAUCUGCCUCCGCGAGAUACACAACAAGAACUAUAACUUGAACAUCCUCAAGACCACCACCAGCCUAGUCCGCGAUCUAUGCAAUGACCAGCGCUUCCAAGACGCAAGCGACGUCACCGGUGUCUUGCACUCAUUCCUGCACCUGACAGACGGCCUGAACAGCUACGACAGUAUCAUCACAGCCACCAAGCUAUGCCUGUACCUGAGCGGCCACCAAGCCACGAAAUGCCACAAUGAGAAACUCUUCAACGAGAUGUCCGUCAAAUCUAAGCUGCUGCUCCAGGAACUCAUGGCCUCGUCCAAGUCCCUAGGAAUUGAGAUCAUGGACCUCCCAUUCCCCGAGCUUAACGACAUCAUCACCCUACUCGGCGAAUGUGAGAUGUUCGACGACCUUGAAGCAAUCCUGACCCAGCUCUGGACUUCCCGCAUUGUCCAGCGCACCUGGACUCCAGACGUGGUUGUUUGGAUUGGCCGCAGACUCGUCGAGACGCGCUUCUGCCGCGGCUCCGUCGACUCGGCUAUCCAACUGUGUCGCGAUAUCUGCUACAAUCUGCGCCAGGUAUGGGGUAGCUGUGACAACGUUACACUGGAGAUGACGAAGCUUCUAUCUGGUCUCUUCACAGCCUCGGGAGAUCACAAGUCUGCUGCAACGCUGCACGAAGGUGUGCUUUACGACUUACUCGGCGACUCUGAAGCCAAGAGUCACCCCGGCGCCUCGGACGUAGUCUCCCAACACAUGGAACUACUCCGUCGUGCGCAAUCUCGCCUCGGCUCAGAGAAGAGUACCCGCUCAUCGUCUCAUGCCGAUCUAGUCGCCCAAGUGACAGACCGGUUCGGUCUGCAAUCCGAGCAGAUCGAAGGUGUGGGCGAUGCCCACGGCGGAGAGAACUUCGGCGUCUGGUCUAAGCCUCGUCGCUUCAGUAUUGAUGUUAACGAUCCGGAUGAGCAAGGCCAGAUGCAUCACAACCACUUGCGGGAAUCUAGUGGUGCUGGUUUGUUGACUGGUAGUGGUGCGCCUAGGAGGAUUUCCGUGCAGGCGCUGUAA